AUGGGCUACUACGACCUCGACGAUAUCCUCGCCGACUCGUCCAAGUUCGCGUGCCGGUUCAAUUACGAGCUGCCGGGGCUGGGCUACCUGGAGGGCAACCCUGGCAAGCCCGUGGGCAAGCACAGCAAGGUGGAGCUGCCGCUGUGGCUGGCGAGCGUCCUGGCGACGGUGACGGGAGAGCAGGAGCACGUUGACGAGGAGGCGCUGCCGUUCGUGGAGUUCCUGCCGCCAGAGAUGUUUUCUGCGCGGGUGGUCAACGCGAUUAAAGCCGAUGCCCCAACUCUGGACGUGCACUCAAUCAACGGCCACUUUUACGCGCUGGGGACGCGCUGGGCGGCACUGUUCUCGGACGCGGGGCUGGCAGGGAUGCUCGCGGGGAUGGUUCUGGAGCGCGCGCUGGAGGUGCAGCGACACGCUGCGAGCGCGGCGGUGGAGGCGACGGCGCCGACGGACGCGACCGCGCGCAUGCUGCAGACGCUCGACGAGUGGGAGCGGCAGCUGUAUCGGCGGGCGCACGCGGCGAGCCGGGAUGCAAAGCUUUGGGCGGCGCGGCGGUAA